CACAGACACAAACACAAAGCCCUCAGCCUCUCACCACCAAUAUUCUUCAGUACUUAUUCUUCUUAAAAAAACAUUUGUGAUCAUGCAGAACCAAAAAAGGAUCAUUCACGAUGUCUCUGGCUGGCUAAGAGUCUACGACGAUGGCUCUGUCGACCGGACUUGGACUGGACCGCCGGAAGUCAAAUUCAUGGCCGAACCAGUCCCUCCACACAACGACUUUGUAAAUGGAGUCGCCACUCGUGACGUCACGGUCCAUGACAGUCUCCGUGUCCGGGUUUAUUUACCGGAGCAUGAACCAAUUGACGGUUCAAAAUUGCCCAUAAUUCUCCAUUUUCAUGGAGGCGGCUUUUGCAUUAGCCAAGCCGAUUGGUACAUGUACUACAACACAUACACUCGGCUUGCUAAGCUAAGCCAAGCGAUAAUUGUCUCGGUUUUUCUCCGGUUGGCUCCGGAAGACCGGCUCCCUGCCUCAAUCAACGACGGCUACUCGGCCCUUCUCUGGCUGAAGUCGUUGUCCCAAGGCGAGUCGCACGAGCAGUGGCUGAACAGUUAUGGUGACUUCAACCGUGUGUUCUUAAUUGGAGAUAGUUCAGGAGGGAACAUAGUGCACGAAGUGGCCGCACGUGCUGGUCACGUGAAUCUCAACCCGUUGAGGCUAGCCGGAGCGAUUCCCAUCCACCCAGGAUUCGUCCGGGCGGAGCGGAGUAGGUCCGAAUUGGAGAGGCCACAGUCGCCAUUUUUGACACUAGACAUGCUGGACAAGUUUCUGAGCCUCGCAUUGCCGGUGGGGUCCACCAAGGACCACCAUAUUACGUGCCCGAUGGGACCCACAGGGGCGGUGGCGGGGUUCGAGAGUCUGAGGAUGCCGGCGGUGCUGCUCUGUGUGGCGGAGAAUGACUUGAUUUGGGAUACGGAGAUGGAGUAUUACGAGGCCAUGAAAAAGGCUAACAAGGAUGUGGAGUUGCUGAUAAAUCCGGGAAUGACUCACAGUUUUUACCUCAACAAGAUUGCGAUUGAUACUGAUCCAAACACAGCUGCACAAACCGAAGGACUUCUUCAAGGAAUCACAGAAUUUGUGAAGAAGCACUGAAGGAAUUAAUAUUCAGUUGAUUACAUGUUUGAUCUAGUGUUGGCCAUGUUUGUUCUAUUGUUGUAUUAAUGUACUGAAUAAAACACAAAAAUAAUAUAUUAUCAGUGUCAACUAUAUAUAUAUAUAUAUUAAAUCGAGAAUCACACAAUACAAAUUUGUCAUUUGAACAUCACUUAAACAUGAGCAUGUGUGUGUGUUUUUUUAAAUCAAGAAUUAUACAAUACAAGUUUUUUAUUUGAACAUCACAUAUGAGCCAAAGCGGACUGUCAUAGCUGCACAUGCAUAAAUUUUUCAUGCGACCAGAAGGUACGUUUAACCAAACAUUAGUUAGCUUCUGUCACA